UUUUACUGACAGUGCAAGGAUCUGAUACAUUUUUUUGGGUGAAAAUUGCAGGAAAUAGGCAGCAAGGCAAAACGUGUGAAGGACUGGGGGCAGGGAGGGAAGCCCAGCUCACAUUUCUUUAAAAGCGCUGUUGUUUCAACUCCUGCUUAAUUUCCUGAGGGCCCAUUUUUCUGUUUGGGGGAGUGGAGAUGAGAUUUGCAUAUGCUCUGCCCCCCCCUACUGCAACUUUCUGAUUGGAUGGGUCCUACCCAGCGUGUGUCAUCACAGAUCCAAACUUUCUCAGUGCUUUCCUAACUUUUCUCUGUAGCUACAGGCUGAUGAACCAGGAGGCUGGCAGCCAGCGGUUAUGUGAGUGAGUAAAGCAGUAAGCUGUAAGAUUGUGUGUAUGUGUAAGAAAAGGAGGCAGGCGUUGUAUAGUUAAGUUUUCUGACUGAACUUAUAAUGUAGUGUUGCUGUAAGUUUGUUGGUACUGAAAGAUGUAGGAUUGCCUUUAUUUGAAUAGAUUGUUGAGCUGUCAUUGUUGAUAUAUUUUAUGCUAAUAUACAAAGCUAUAUGUAAGUUUAAGAAUAUGGGUAGAUGUGGUAGGUGUGAUUUGUGUUUUAUAAUUACAGAUAUUAUUGUUCUAUUUAUGGUGGAAAGGUUUUACAGUAGCUGAACCUUUUUCUACCGAGAUAUUAUUAUCAACAUUCUUUAUAACCAGUCAUACAUAUUUAAAUUAAAGAAGAGAGCUUCAGAGUAGGAAAAAAAAAAUUAAACCAUUACAUCUCGUUAGUAUAGUGUUAGAGAUGGCUUUUUAAAUGCUGGACUGGUUAGUAUUAUCUCGCAAAGUCAUGCUGGUUGCUUCGCUGCUGGUUCUGUGCCUUGGUUCUGUGGCCCUGUCUUCAGACCCAGACCCAUUAACGGUCAUGUACCGAGUCUGGGAGGAGCAGCCUGUGGGCACAAAGGUCGGGCGUCUGGUUGAUGACCUCCGUCAACGAGGGGAGACCGGGGCGCUGGAGGACUUCCAGGUCGUGGAGCAUGGUAAAGCACUACCCUUCUCUAUCAAUGCGAGAGAUGGAACUGUCUCCACCCUGGGCCAGCUGGACCGAGAGGACCUGUGUCGGGGCUCAGACCUGUGUGAGCUGGCCUUCAGCGUCCUCUACAGGAAAGGUGGCUCCAUCCACUUCCUGAGGGUGCGGGUGGAAGUGAUGGACCUCAACGACCACAGCCCCACCUUCUCAAGCAGCAGUCAGGAGGUGGAGCUCUCUGAGACGGCCGCCUUGAGGAUGCGGAUACCCUUGGACCGAGCGGUGGACCCGGACGCCGGCCCCAACGGCCUUCAGACCUACUCGCUGUCCGUCAACCAGCACUUUGCUCUGGAUGUGAGGAGUGCUGCAGACGGGCCGAAGCAGGCGGAACUGGUGGUGAUCAAGGAGCUGGACCGGGAGGUGCAGUCAUCUUUUGAAUUGACUUUGUUGGCCUGGGACAAGGGCAACCCUCCCAAGUCCGGGAGCACUCUGGUGCGAGUCAACGUGUUGGACUCUAACGACAACAGCCCCUUGUUUGAGGACAGCACGCCCACCGUGGAACUAGCCGAGGACACGGCUCAAGGGACUGUUGUCAUCCACCUGAAGGCUACGGAUCCUGACCAAGGGGUCAAUGGGGAGGUUGAGUACUCUCUGAGUAGGCAUGCUCCACCUGGGGUACAAAAGCUUUUCAGUGUCCACCCGCAAAGUGGAGCGGUGACCUUAAAGGGCCCACUGGACUAUGAGGCCAAACACUCUUAUGAGGUGGACAUCCAGGCUCGUGAUCUCGGCCCCAAUGCCAUCCCCACUCACUGUAAGCUACACAUCAAGCUGAGGGAUGUCAACGAUAAUGCACCAAGGAUCCACGUCACUUGGACACCUCCUGAUUCCCCAGUGGCAACGGUUUUAGAGGGGGCCCCGGAGGACACGUUCCUUGCGCUGGUCAUGGUUUCUGAUGCCGAUUCGGGGGACAACGGCAACGUGCAUGCCCAAAUACAGCACAGAUCAGGCCACUUCCGCCUCAAGAGAAUACACGGCGAUAACUACAUGAUCGUAACCAACGGGACCCUGGAUCGGGAAAAGGUCAUGGAGUAUAACCUCACGCUACUUGCCCAGGAUCACGGGAACCCUCCUCUGUCAUGUGUCAGGCACCUGGUUGUCCAUGUAAUGGAUGUGAAUGACAAUGCUCCAGUGUUUUCCCAGACCCACUACAGGGCUUCCAUCAAGGAGAACAAUGACGUUGGUUUUCAGGUCUUCAAGGUGGAGGCCAGCGAUGUGGACGUUGAGCUUAGCGGCAGGGUCUCCUACUCUAUCCAAGAGUCAAACGAACUAGGAACUCCCACAGUGUCUUUCUCCAUCCAUCCCACCAGUGGUGUGGUUACUGCCCAGCAAUCAUUGGACUAUGAGAUGUCGCCCACCUACUCUUUCAUUGUGGAAGCCGUAGACCAUGGGCAUCCACCUCUAACUAGUACCGCUAUGGUACUCAUCGAGAUCCAAGACGUCAACGACAACUACCCGGUCAUCGAGGAACCAAUUACCCAAAACAACAUUGCCAUUGUGAGUGUACCGGUCAACACAGAGAAGGGGGAGAUAGUGACAGUGCUGGGAGAAGGUGCUGAAGAAGGCUCUGCCUACACUGCAACCGAUCGUUCUGCCCAAAACGCACUUAUGGGGUUUCUGGCCACUACCAUAAAGGCCAAAGAUCCAGACUCGGGCCUAAAUGGAAGACUUAGCUUCACGAUCACAGAUGGAAACCCCACCGGACUCUUCAGACUUGACGACACCACUGGACAACUCUUCGUUAACGCAACCAAUGCUACAGAGCUCAUUGGGAAGACUUUCACGGUUGACAUUGCAGUGUCGGACAGCGGGUCUCCAAGACUAGUGACAGAGCUCAGCUUGCAGGUGACGUUCAUCAACUUGCAGGACCAUCAGAGGAACUCGGCCUCCGGUGACCGUGUCCAGCUUAGCUUCCCUAUGUUGAUGGCCAUCUGCCUGGGGACCUGUUGUCUUCUGCUCCUUCUGACCGCGGCCCUAGUGACCACCUUCUGUCGCCCUGCGAAACGAGACAACCACGCCUACAACUGCAGGACGGCUGAAUCCAGCUACGCACGCCACCCCCGCCGCCCUCAGAAGAACAUCGGGAAGGCCGACAUCCAGUUAGUGCCGGUCCUGAGGGGAAGGAGGGAGGAUCCUCCAGAAGACGGUCACGAAGCCCAGCCCCUCUCCCCUACGCCGCUGGUGGUUGAGGAGCACAUUGACGGGCAAUACAGCCAGGCCAACUCCAUCAGCUCAACUAUCUGCACCCAGGCCUACCCAGAAGGUGGUGCAACGCUGCCAGUCUCCUACACCAAAACACUCAGGAAACCUGGCUGCAUCGAGCUGAGCGGCACACUCCCCCGGACGCCAGCCACUCCUUACCGAACUCUGCGCAGGGCAAGAAACCCGUCAUCGUCCUCUGCUCUGUCUCAGACCAGUACCCUGAGGCGACAUGGGAAUGCUGAGCACCAGGCUGCGCCGGACGUUGAGGAGACAGAACCGUCCUCUCCAGUGUCCCAGGUGGCAACACUUAGAAGGUCCAAGCACACAGAUACCAGAGGUGGGCGUGAGGCUGAAGAGCACAGACGGAUGCUGAGGAACCUGGUACGCCUUUCCAUGGCUGCCUUUGGCGAGAACUGCAUCGAGCUGUCCGCUGCCUCUCCAGAAGUGCAGCAAGUCUCCCAGCUCCUCUCGCUGCUCCGUGAGGGUCAGCUGCAGCCCAGACCCAACUUCAGAGGAAACAAGUACCCCCAACGCCCUGGCAGAUCCGGGGCUCAGGAUGCCGAUUGGCUGAGCACCAAAGACAGUGGUCAUGGUGAGAGUGAGGCUGGAGACAUGGACUGGGACACAGGUCGAGACUCCCCCAUCGACCCCCUACUGGAGGAGGGUUACAACAACCUGCUCAACAACCCUGAUGAUUUCUUUGCAGACAUCGAAGACACUGCUUGGAUGGCCCGUCUCUCUCUUCCCCUCACUGCCGACUACCAUGAUAAUGUUUUUGUCCCCAACGGGCCACCAUCCCCCGAAGCCCAUUGUCCUCUGGACACCCUGGACUCUACCUCCUUCUCCACCUUCGGCAAGACGCCGGAGAAGGACGGCCCACUGGGAGGGGCUUUGCUCUCUGAGGUCAACACCUUGUUUAAUAUGCUUCUGACCCAGAAGGGCGACUCCCAGCCCCUCCCCUCGCCAGAUGUGCUCUACAGGCUGUCCGCAGCCUACCGUCGCUCGCUGGGUCUGGAUGGAGCUGCCGCCCCAGUAGGAGCCCCCAACAUACCACGGAACCCGGGCACCCCCGAAAAGAGGUCCCCCCAGGGUCAGUCCUUCAACCAAUGCCCUUAAGCACAUGGGGGCGGGGAAGAGUUUUCUCAGUGUCAUUUGAUUGGUUCUUGUGUAUUUGGGAUCCUAAGACUUUCCAGUAUGUUCCCACUGCCCCCUUCCCCCAAACAGAUGACGUUUUGCUGUUGUUGCAGAAAUGACUGGGCUUCUCCAGCUUUUAACACAUCCCCAUUAGGAGAUGUCAAUAGCACCCCUGAGCUGCAAAGUUCUGGAGACCAUAAUUAACCCAAGGCCAUAGAAAUGGUUAAAUGAGAAAAAGUGUUCUGGCAUGGACAUGGCUAUUGGAUGCAGACACCAUUUUAAUGUUGUUGUUCAAUUUCAUUGCCUGACCCCUGUCUGUUGGUGUCAUGUGAUCACAACACUAACCGGGGCUUUAGGGGGAGCAGGGCUGGCCCUAGAUUCUCUUCUCGCUUCUCUCUUAUUUCCUUCAAAUUUGAAUUUGUUCAUUGGGUGGAAACAUUUAGUUGUUUUAAAGCAAAUUUGCUUUAAAUCUGCCAUGACUUAUGGGGUGUUAAUAUGACAUCUGAAUGCGAAUGACUCACCAAACCAAUAUUUCGUUUCGAUAUCUAACGAGGGCUACUACCAAGAUGAAAGUUGUUUGCUGACAUGGUAAGAUGAGUGUCAGCGACUAUUGUAACAAACAUUUUUAUCAUGUACCAAGUUCAAUUGCACCUGGUGUAAGUUCAGACCUCGACUUAUUGUAAUGUCAGGGGGUUGAGUUAGAGAGCCCCUGGCGUCUGGGUGAUUGCCUUUUUGGCAGGACAGCUCUGAGGCGAGAUCAAUCAACCAAUUAUACUGAAACGGACUACUUCAAAGGAGCCCCAGUGGUGCUACCCGUACAGACGCCAUAGUGGCGCAGUGAAACAGAUGAGACCUUUAUCCAUCUCUAUGCCCAAGGCUUUUAGUGAUGGAGCAAAAGCAGGGCAAACGUGUGUAUAUUUUCCCUCAUAGUACGUGUUGAACACAAUGAAAGUCUUCCUCAUGUGGAACAUACAUUCCUGAGCCAUUCUGAUGCAGCAAAGAUUAACAUUCUGCCUGGUCAGUAGUGUUUAUCAGUGGGGCAACAACAUGGUGCUGUUUGUCCAUGGUAUUAAUGCCUGAUUUUACAAAGAGCCCAAGAGGGAAACGACUCAUUGUCUUUGCUUAAGACAACAGACUAACAACACUAAGUCUGUUCCUGAGGAAUGUGUAUAAUAUCUGUCACAAUAGACCUGUAAGGCAAAAAAUGUUGUGUUUAUUUAACUGCCGUUUUGAGAAAUAACACCAUUGUUAAUGACUAUUUGUAUUUACAACAAGGAAAUUCUUCAGCAACUGAAAAAUGUGCCAUUUACAAAUGUAUGUUUGUUAAUACACUUAAACACCCAGGAUACAGAAAUCUUGAAUGGUAAAGUAUUAUGAAUUAUUUUGUAGACUAAAGGUGUCAUUUGUAAUUGUCCUCAGGAGAAUAGGGAGGUUUUUUGCCAUAUCUAACAGCACUUUGUACAUAAUGUUUUGUAUGAAAUUUUUAUAAAAUCAUUAGAAAAAUUGCAUCAUGAUCAUUUCAUCCUACAAACUCUAUUAUGUUGAAGAUUUGGUUGUUGGUUUUGAAUGUUGGAAAAUAAGAUUAUUUCCUGGUGAGAACGUAUGGAAACCGGGAAAAUAGAUUAGUAAGAUAGCGCCCUCUGCUGCCUUUUCUUUGUAAAUGGCUUGUGAUAAUAAAAAACUGAAAUUGCUUUUAGGUUGUGUUCAUAGUCGACUUCAACCUGGUAAAAGAAAAAAUUAUCAAUCAUGCUCUGUCAAACUGGGCUUCCCUCUAAACAGACUGAUCAGUUAACAGACCAAAAGUUUCGAUUGGCUCAACUUCUAAAAUGGGCCAAGGCAUACCGACCAAUCAAAAUUUAAGCAGCACACAAAGACCACAAUUCAUU